UAGAGCGCUGUGUUGGUAUCAAAAGUCUCUGAUCAACCAACUCAUUACCUGUAGGAUUUUGGAUGAGUCACAAAGUUUCUUUUCUUCUACCCAAAUGAUAGCAGGUAUUUGAAUAGCUUGCAGUUAUACUCAAUAUAAAGACAUAAAAGUGAAAUUGCUGUUAUUUUUAGUAUCACUAGUAUUAAGAGCAAACAUUCUUGAUAAUUGUGUAGAAGUACAAAAGCGGCUACAUUGAACACAUAUUUGCACUGUUUUAUUUCUCUACCAACAACCUUGCAAUGGCUUCCUUUUGUUCUUAGAAUAAAAUCCAAGCACCCAUUAUUUGGCCUUGGUUUACCUUUUCAGCCUUCCUUUCCACUUACUCUUGAGACAUUAAGUUUUGUAUUCACUGUCCUUCAUUCAUUAUCUCUUAAUAGCUAUGCUUUGCUCUCUCAGGGCCUUCACACAUUCUACAGUCUUAGCCUGGCACACUUCUCCUAUUUCACGUUUCAGAUUAAAUGGUGCACCUUGGGGGAAACUUUCUUAAUCACUCUCCAUUAAGUUAGGUCCCCAUAUUGCAUACUUUCAGUGCACUCAGUACCUUUUCUAUGUAGCACUUUUCACACUGUUUAAACAUCUGUUUAAAGACUGUACACCCACUAGAUGGAAAAUUGUUAUAAGAUAUACAGACAUUGUCUUGUUACCACCACUUGCCUAACUUCUACAAACUCAACAAUUAUCUGUGGAAAUAAACUAAUACAGAUGAAAUGAAUAAUUGUAAAUUUGCUCUGAAAUAAGAAGAGAAAGCACUUUAAGUGUUCCUUGAGCAUGAUAAUGUGGAAGAAAUUAGGUAUUUGUAGCCCUCUGGAUCCACCUCUGACAUGAUAUAUUUUCUUUUUUACUACCUUGCAGGAGGUGUCUUUUCCUUGUAUUUUUCUGGUAUAUGCAAUUCGGGCUCAUUUCACAAAGUUUAGGAAAAAAAGAAAAACAUAAAUAGGAUAGUGAAGCAUGCUAUCAUCUAGAGCAAAAAUCUUUUGAAGUUUGUGUGUAAUUAUUACAAAAGGGGAGGGGUAAACUAGUAUGUGUACACUUCCGUUAAAUCGUGUAAAUGAGGACUGUACCAGGAAGAAUCGCUGCUCGUAGAUAAAAGUGCAUUUUAUUUCCCUAGAUUGCAUUUAUUUAAUUCAUAUAACAUGAGAAACUCCUCCAGUAGCGUCAACUAGGGUUGAUAAGAAUAAUCGAUAAAGCAAAAUAAAAACACCUUCUCCAAGAUUUUGUAACUGCAAGCGAACGCAUGGUGGCGCUGUUGACUAAGAAGGCGAAUUAAACCACAGGCAUUGUGCAUGCUCGGUGACGCACGGAUCCAGUGUGGUAAACCAGCGGUUGAGAGCCCAGGCAGAUUUUUGAGCCAGCAAGUCUGAGCCUCUGGAAAGGCUUAUUCACUAGGCCGUCUACAAAGGUUGUGGGGCAAAAGACUGUUUCCCAGCGCUGUCUGAGGUUCAGCUUGGCGACAUUCCCUGGAAGAGCGUGACGGAAAGUGCAAUGGAGGCGGGAGGAGAGCGAUUUCUUAGACAAAGGCAAGUCUUGCUUCUCUUUGUUUUUCUGGGAGGGUCUCUGGCUGGGUCCGAGUCAAGACGCUAUUCUGUGGCUGAGGAAAAAGAGAGGGGCUUUUUAAUAGCCAACCUAGCAAAGGAUCUGGGACUAAGGGUAGAGGAACUGGCCGCGAGGGGGGCCCAAGUUGUGUCCAAACGGAACAAACAGCAUUUUCAGCUUAGUCAUCAGACAGGUGAUUUGCUCCUGAAUGAGAAAUUGGACCGGGAGGAGCUAUGCGGCCCCACAGAACCAUGCAUACUGCAUUUUCAGAUAUUACUGCAAAACCCUUUGCAGUUUGUUACAAACGAGCUCCGUAUCAUAGAUGUAAAUGACCAUUCUCCGGUAUUCUUUGAAAAUGAAAUGCAUCUGAAAAUCCUAGAAAGCACUCUGCCAGGAACAGUAAUUCCUUUGGGAAAUGCUGAGGACUUGGAUGUGGGAAGAAACAGCCUCCAAAACUACACUAUCACUCCGAAUUCCCACUUCCACGUACUCACUCGCAGUCGUAGGGACGGAAGGAAGUACCCGGAACUAGUACUGGAUAAAGCGCUCGAUCGGGAGGAGCAGCCGGAACUCAGCUUAACGCUCACCGCGCUGGACGGCGGCGCUCCCCGUAGGUCUGGGACAGCCCAGAUAAACAUCCAGGUCUUAGAUAUAAACGACAAUGCACCAGAAUUUGCACAGCCGCUCUAUGAGGUUGCAGUUCUAGAGAAUACCCCCGUUAACUCUGUCAUUGUCACUGUCUCGGCUUCUGACUUAGAUACAGGAAGUUUUGGGACAAUAUCAUAUGCAUUUUUUCAUGCUUCUGAAGAAAUUCGCAAAACUUUUCAGCUAAAUCCAAUUACUGGUGAUAUGCAACUGGUCAAAUAUUUGAAUUUUGAAGCGAUUAAUAGUUAUGAAGUCGACAUCGAGGCCAAGGAUGGCGGAGGCCUAUCCGGAAAGUCUACAGUCAUAGUCCAGGUGGUUGAUGUCAACGACAACCCACCGGAACUGACCUUGUCUUCAGUAAACAGCCCUAUUCCUGAGAACUCGGGAGAGACUGUACUGGCUGUUUUCAGUGUUUCUGAUCUAGACUCUGGAGACAACGGAAGAGUGAUGUGUUCCAUUGAGAACAAUCUCCCCUUCGUCCUGAAACCAUCUGUCGAGAAUUUUUACACCCUAGUGUCAGAAGGCGCGCUGGACAGAGAGACCAGAUCCGAGUACAACAUUACCAUCACCAUCACUGACUUGGGGACACCCAGGCUGAAAACCAAGUACAACAUAACCGUGCUGGUCUCCGACGUCAAUGACAACGCCCCCGCCUUCACCCAAACCUCCUACACCCUGUUCGUCCGCGAGAACAACAGCCCCGCCCUGCACAUCGGCAGCGUCAGCGCCACAGACAGAGACUCGGGCACCAACGCCCAGGUCACCUACUCGCUGCUGCCGCCCCAGGACCUGCACCUGCCCCUCUCUUCUCUGGUCUCCAUCAACGCGGACAACGGCCACCUGUUUGCCCUCAGGUCGCUGGACUACGAGGCCCUGCAGGCGUUCGAGUUCCGCGUGGGCGCCACAGACCGCGGCUCCCCGGCGCUGAGCAGCGAGGCGCUGGUGCGCGUGCUGGUGCUGGACGCCAACGACAACUCGCCCUUCGUGCUGUACCCACUGCAGAACGGCUCCGCGCCCUGCACCGAGCUGGUGCCCCGGGCGGCCGAGCCGGGCUACCUGGUGACCAAGGUGGUGGCGGUGGACGGCGACUCGGGCCAGAACGCCUGGCUGUCGUACCAGCUGCUCAAGGCCACGGAGCCCGGGCUGUUCGGCGUGUGGGCGCACAAUGGCGAGGUGCGCACCGCCAGGCUGCUGAGCGAGCGCGACGCGGCCAAGCACAGGCUGGUGGUGCUGGUCAAGGACAAUGGCGAGCCUCCGCGCUCGGCCACCGCCACGCUGCACGUGCUCCUGGUGGACGGCUUCUCCCAGCCCUACCUGCCUCUCCCGGAGGCGGCCCCGGCCCAGGCCCAGGCCGACUCGCUCACCGUCUACCUUGUGGUGGCGUUGGCCUCGGUGUCUUCGCUCUUCCUCUUCUCGGUGCUCCUGUUCGUGGCGGUGCGGCUGUGCAGGAGGAGCAGGGCGGCCUCGGUGGGUCGCUGCUCGGUGCCCGAGGGCCCCUUUCCAGGGCAUCUGGUGGACGUGAGCGGCACCGGGACCCUGUCCCAGAGCUACCAAUACGAGGUGUGUCUAACUGGAGGCUCCGGGACAAAUGAGUUCAAGUUCCUGAAGCCAAUUAUCCCCAACUUCGUUGCUCAGAGUGCAGAGAGGGUUAGCGAGGCAAAUCCCAGUUUCAGGAAGAGCUUUGAAUUCAGUUAAGUGUUAAUAAGGAUCUACUGAGCCUCGUCUUAGUUAAUCUGUGGAAAGUCCUUUUUUACUGCUUUGCCCAUUGGAGAGGUCUUUUUUGGUCUGGUUCAAGGCAAGUAGCAAGAAUAGAGCAAAAUUUCAAAUCCAGGGAUGGCUUAGGUUUCAUUAACAGUACUGGAAAGUAGUUGUGUGGCUCUGAAUGUUUUGUAUUUCAAUCAAGAAUCCUUAGUCGAUAGAACAUUUUGUUUAUAUAUUGAUUCUACUCUUUCUGUAGUUAAUCCUUGCAUAUUCUCCUUUCAUCCUGGCUUGCCAACGCAGUCUUAAUUCCGCCUUUUUUUUUCUAAUGGGGAGCAAAAAGAAAUUCACUGUCUUUUAAUAGUGAUUUCAAAUAGCUUAUUAAAAUAACUCCAUUCAAAUUUUACAUUAUAAAGCAAUGUAGAGAGAGUUCCAAACCACUAAUUUUAUAAUUUCCCUUGUUGAAUAUAUUCAUAUAAUGUGUUCUAUAAUAUGCCCAAAGCAGCUUUGUCUAUGGUUAACAAAGUUUUAAGGAUAGACAAGAAUGUGUUUUCUUUAAUAAAUAGUAAUAUAUCAUCUUUUUAGGGAUAUAGUACUCAAAUGAAAGUAAUUUAGUUCAUUUUCUGUGUUGACAUUUUCAAUUAAUAUUUCAAUAUUUUAUGUGCUUAUAUUGGCCAAAAUAUGGACACAAAUAUAGACUAAUAUGGGUAAUUACCCUUUGGUUUAUCUAAAGUGUGUUCAUGAUGACUGAGGAAAAAAAUUAAACCUAUGCCAUUUUAAAAACUGACUGUUCUUUUCCAUUUGACACAAAAACGUUGUUUAGUAAGACAUCUGGUGGAAUGACAACUAUUUGUUUCAUAAAUUCUGAGAUGUGUUAUGAAUCUGAGAGACAAUUUUUAAUUUCAAGAAAAUACAUCGGUAUAUGAUAUCUAAAUGCUUCAAGGUAAAAGUGGUGUCCUAUCCAGUCCUAUUUUAUUAUCAAUACCUACUUGCCACUUGUAUGAUGAUAUAGGAGAAAGAUAUUUUCUUUUUUUCCUGUCUUGGUUCCCUCCUUCAGAUUUUAACCUGACAUGAUUUAGGAUUAUAUAUGGUCUUUCUGGGAUAGAAACUGUCCAUCCUUAUCAGCAUCCUACCUCCUACAAUGUAAUUAAAAGAAGAUGUACAAGAAUAGAAAGUUCUAAAAAGGAGAGGGCAAUAUCGUUGUGAAACUCUAAAUUAGCUACAACUAAGAAUAAAAUAUGGAAGCAACCAAAACAUCGAAUCUUAUGGUUAUCUUGAGUAAAAUUAAAAAACUUAUUUUAAGCGACAAAAUAUUUAGCUCCUAAUUAGGGAAAUGUAUUAGGAAAAAAUUAAUUUUCUUCUUACAAGCAUUUCCUCACCCACAGAACAUCCAUAUAACUUUCUAGGAAUUAAAUACUCAUGACUAGAGAACAGAGAAUUUCUCAAAGAUUUUAAUAAUUCCCCAAAAAGCAAGAGUUUAAGAUUGACAUGCUUUCAAACAUAUGUUAAAGUGUAGUUAUUAUCACACUUAAAUGGUGUAAUUUUAUGUAACAGCAUCAAAUUCAUAAAUACUUUUUAAAAAAAAUUUUUGAGACAGGGUCUUGCUCUGUUGCCCAGGCUGGAGUGCAGUGGUACAGUCAUGGCUCACUGCAGUCUCAAUCUCCUGGGCUCAAGGGAUCUGACCACCUCAGCCUCCAGAGUAGCUGGGACCAUAGGUGUGUGCCACCACACCCAGCUAUUUAACAACAAAAAAAAUUUAUUUGUAGAAAUGGGGUUUCCCCAUGUUGCCCAGGCUGGUCUGGAACUCCUGUGCUCAAGGGAUCCUCCUGCCUCCACUUCCCAAAGUGCUAGGAUUAACAGGUAUGAACCACCAUGCCCAGCCAAAUACGUGAAUCUUUAAUAGUCAGAGGAAAAUUAAUAUAAUAUUUCCUUUCACUUUAAGUACUUUAUAGAGAUGUUUGAAUCUGGCUGUUUUGGUCAGAUAUUUUUCUUCUUUGCAUACAUAGCUGAUUUUCCAUGAAUAUCAGGAAAAGGCAUAGAAUUCUGAUCAAGAUUUCUCUCUCUUUGAUUACCUUAGUCCCAGGUGGUAUCAGAGCCAGGGAAGUACUCAACUGUGGAAAAUAUAGAGGGCAGUUCUUUUGGGGACUAAUAUGGUAUAUGAUCGGAGACUAAAGUUCAAAAGGCAAUAUGCUGAGUCAUUUAGACACUGAAGAUAGAAGAACAGAUACCAUUUGUAAUUUAGUUUUUAGAUGUACUGGACUUAUACAUUGUUGAGAAAAUGAAUAGAAUUUAGCAAAGCCAGAAAAGAUAAUCUAUACUAAAUUUGAAGGGGGAAACAAUCACAUCUUACUCUUGGUUUAAAGCUGCUUCUCUUUCAGGGCAGUUAGAAACCUUUUACCCUUUUAUUUAAAGACAACUUCCAAAAACAUAUUCAUCUGGAUAUUUCAUUAAAUACAGAACAGAGAGAGUACCACAUGUACAGUACUAACUAGUGUUGCCACGUUUUGGAAUUCCACAAACUAAAUGCCUGGCACAAGGUAAAAGGGUUAUUAAUAAUUUUCUAGUAAUUUUUCUUCUAGGCAGGCUAAUUCAUUAUUGUAAAAUAUUUACAAAUCGAUCUCACCAGUAUUCCAAUUAUCAAAAAGUAAGAGAAGGAAAAAUUUUACUCCCUUCCCUCAUUCUAGAAUAUAUAAAAUGACCUUACUAGACUCUAAACAACUUGAAGGUAGAGUCUGUUUCUGGUUUAUUCACAGUGGUAUUUCCAGCAAAUAGCACAAUGCCUCAUUCAUAGUAGACGCUCAGUUUAUAUUUGUUAAAUAAAUAAAUUUUAAAUUAUUUGGGAAAUAAAAUAAUGUUGUAAGGACUUACAAACUUGUUUAUUUGGACCUGAUCUACACAUUGAAUUUUAAAAGAACUAUCUGUAUUCAGAAAGGGGUGGAGUAUGAAGAAUAAUUCCCUAUAGAGCCAAUUUUUUAUUUAAUGUCUCCCUUUGCAUCUUGAGACUUGUGGAAACUUGGAGAACUGUAAAAUUAUGUGUUAAUCUCCAAGUCGGUUCCAAAUGGAGCUUAUUUAUAUCUUUGAUUUCAGGGACAAAGAAGAAAUUAAAUAUAAGACUUUUUUGUACAUCAAAUUAACUUUCUGAAAUUGGUACUUAAAUUCUCUGGCCUCUAAUUGGUACUUCUGUUGAACUUGGGUUAGUCUUAAUGAUAUCAAGAUUAAAUAAAAUUUGCAAGAUCCCAAAGGCUUAAAAAUUUUUUUAAUAGCCAAUCAUUCAUUUAUUUUCAAAACAUAAUUCUCGAUCACAUGCACACUCCCUUCUUCUCUUUACAAAUACAUUAGUUCAGAAAUAAAUAUUUCCUUGACAUUCACAAUCUAGUUUUUAGCACUGAAAAUCAAAGAGAUACAAAUGAAUUUUAAAUUUUUAUUUGGGGAGUUGUUAUAAGACUAAGCUAUAUUCAAAUAUCAAUCAUUAAAACUAGUGAGGCCACUCACUAUACCACCAUACUUUUCAUAAAUCUUCGAUGAAUAAAUUCUACUUCCUUACAAAAGAAGACUCUGUUUUAAAAAGGUACCAACUUUUCUAUAUAUUCCCCUACUUUAUUCUGGAAAUGUCUUUUGCUUCUUAAAGUAAUUGUUAGAUUUUUUAAGCCAGAAAUCUGUUAGUCCUAAUUAUGAAUUAUUUUAAUGUCAAAUAUGCAUAUGGUUAAUCAAUAGUUUUCUUUAUCAUAGAUUCAAAAUUUUAAGCUUAUUUUCCUUCCAUUCUUUAGGCAUUCAACACGUUGAUGAAAAGUACAAUGUCAGUCUACUUCUCGUUCUUUUAUCCAUAAACUUCUUUACUCUCUUUUAGAUUUUUAAAUUUAUUCUUGCUGUUCUGAUAUAUAUGGUAGGCCCCAACCUGAGGUUCACAUAACGUACUGCAUUUUUUUCUUUGAGAAAUUACAAUUUUCUUUUGAAAACUUUCAUUUGGCAAGUUUUCACAACUAUUUGUUCUUGUUUUAAAAUUGCUAUUUCCUUCUUUGUUGUUUGAGUCUUUUACGUUUAAGUUCUUGUCAUAUUGUUUCGAAUUUCAAUUUCUUAUAGUAGAUAAAACAAUUCUUUUAUUUGUUGAGUCUCUUUUUCAUGGUGUUAAUCUUCAUUUGCUUGGUGAUAUUUUAUUGAGAACUUAUCUCUUACUGGAAGCUUCGUUCACAGUAGUACUUGUUUUGACAAUCCUGGGGAAGGGAAGAAGGAGAAGAGGGGUCUCAAGGUGGUUUCAGCCCUGGCCUCUGCAAACCCAAGCCUUAAUUUAAAAGCUUAGCUCGCCGGGCGCGGUGGCUCACGCCUGUAAUCCCAGCACUUUGGGAGCCCGAGGUGGGUGGAUCACGAGGUCAAGAGAUCAAGACCAUCCUGGCUAACAUGGUGAAACCCCGUCUCUACUAAAAAAUACAAAACAUUAGCCGGGCGUGGUGGCACGCGCCUGUAGUCCCAGCUUCUAGGGAGGCUGAGGCAGGAGAAUGGCGUGAACCCGGGAGGCGGAGCUUGCAGUGAGCAGAGAUCGCCCCACUGCACUCCAGCCUGGGCGAAAGAGCGAGACUCUGUCUCAAAAAAAAAAAAAAAAAAAAAAAAGAAAAGAAAAGAAAAAAAAAAAGAAAAGAAAAAAGCUUAGCUCAACUUUGCCACACCCAGGUAAAAGUUCUGGACCAAGCACUAAAAAUAUAUUUGAGUUGGGACCCAUGCUCUUUUGGGUGGUAUUGUUCUGCAUUUGCUCAAUGAGGCAAAAAUCUCAGGGAAUGUCACUGCUUCUUGGUUGUCACGGUUUCUGCUAAGGCUAUAGACAUGGAAGCUAAUGGAGAAAUUUAAAAUGUUUCAAUCUUCAGAGUAAAUAAGUUGAUUUUUAGGAAAAGUGAACUGUAACUGAAGCAAUUGACACAUGGGGACUAUAUGGAAAACAUCAUGGUCUGGAUUCAAGUUACAGCAUUCAUGGUAAUGCUCAGAAAGAUAAUAACAUACUCCAAGAUUCCACUGAAAUAGUGGUUGCUAUUUUUUUUUU